AUGCUUGUAUUAGUAAUAUUUCUCAGUUAUCUUCUUGGAUGUGCAUCAACAAUUGCUUUAUGCAUAUGUUUAUUUUUACGUUAUGGAUUUUAUUCACCAGAAACCAUUUUUGCAGAAGAACAAUAUCAAACCGUUCAUCCAUUAUCUCAAUAUUAUGAAGCAAAAAAUGUAACAGUUGAUACAAUAAAUUAUAUAUUAAAUUCUUUAUUUCAAGAACUAAAAGAUACAUCGAAAUUAAGACGAUAUAUUAUGCAGAAAUUACAUAUCGAAUUUGAUGAAUUAAAAGAAACUCGAUUAGGAAAAUUAUUUCUUCAAAAUAUUGCAAUAAAAAGUUUUUCUAUCGGAAAAGAAUGUCCAAUAUUCAGUAAUAUUCGUUUUGAACGACAAGAACGAGAUGAACGUCAAUUAAUUAAAGAAGUUGUAGCUAAAAUUAAUGGUGUUUAUAAAAAUGGAUUUUCUUGUACACUUGAUAUUACACUUGCAUUUGGUUAUCAAUGUGAAUUAUACAUCAAAGUUAAUCGUAUUCAAGGAAGUUUACAUUUAGAAUUUCGACGUGAACCAUUUUCACAUUGGUUAUAUGCCUUUCAAAAUGACUCAUUAAUUGAUUUUGAAGUUAAAGCUUAUUUAUAUUCUCGUGAAAUUCCCUUAUUAGCAAGAGUAAUACGUGAACAAAUAAUUCGUACUAUACGACGUAAAAAUGUAUGGCCAAGUUAUAAAAUUCGUUAUCCACCAUUUUUUUCGAAAUCAAAACAAUCAUUACCAAUUGAAAUUCCAUCUACGGAUAAUAAUAAUCUUAUAGCCGGUAUAAUUGAAAUUGGAAUUAAAUCUUGUGAUCGUCUUUCAAUACCAUUCGAAUUAUUUAAUAAAGAAAAUGAUUCGUUAUUAUCAAUUUUUUUAACAAUUAAUAUAAAUGAACAAAUGUGUGAAGAUUAUUUAUAUAUUAACCGUGAUCAAUGGAUAAAAAAAGAUAUUGAAUUUAUACCUCAAAUACACAAAAUAAAUAUAAAAGAAGUACCCUAUAUGAAUCGUACUGAGUUUUUAAUUGAAGAAUUUAAUCCAAUACCGGAUGAACUCGAAGAUAUAACAAAAUUUAAAGCAGCAUUAGAGGAUAAAAAUGUUUUUCUACUUCAAAUUCAAGAUCAAGAUAUAAAAACAUUGAAACAAAUAAAUCGUUUGUUAAAAUCUAAAUCAACUAAUGGGCAUCAACAGAAAAUCAAAAUCGUUCUUGGAAUGCCUUUACUGAAUAGUGUUCAAGUGCGACGUGUAGUUGAAAUAGAUGAUACCAAUACAAUAGAGAAUACGAUGGAACAAUCAUCAAUGAGAGAACGACAACGAACAAAAUUACAAGCUGAUCAAUCAAAUAAUUGUAUUCAAGAAAACGAUGCUAAUACAACAAAAAUAAAUAAGCAAGAAAAGAAUUCUCAGUCGGAUAAUAUCACUUUAAUCAUGUUGAAUGCUGAUUAUUUGCCAGAAUUUCGAGUUCGAACACCUACUCAAAAAGCAGAACCGUAUGUUGAAUUCAAUAAUAAAUUCAAGUUUCAAAUAGGCCAAAAUGUACAAUAUCUUAAUAUCUGCUUAUGGUGUAAACCACCAUUAAAUUGUGGCAUACCACAUGCUAGCAAGAAACUUAUAUUACUAGGUUAUGCUACAGUUGCUCUUUCUGAACUUAUACUUGAUGCUCAUAUGAGUUUUAAACGCGAAACUGAAAUGACACUCAAUUUUCGGCCUGCUUUCUCAUCAAAACCUAAUUUUAAAAAACUAGCUGAAUUGAUUACACAUAGAGGUUAUGAUGAUAAUAUGGCUCAUGGUUUUGUUACAAUUAAUUUUAAACAUCAAUCAGAUAUUGAAAUAAAAUUAAAUCAAGAAGAAAAAAAAGAACUUGUAAUUGAAAAAGAUGAUAAACAAAAACAAGAACACUCAAUAUCUAAUAAUGAAGAACAUAAAUUACCUUUAUUGAAUUCUACAAAUCAUUUAUUUGAAAAUCAUACAUUUAGUGUUGAAACAUUAUGUGCUUAUUGUAAUAAAAAAAUUUGGACAAAAACUGGUCGGCAAUGUCGAAAUUGUUCGAUGACGAUACAUAAAAAAUGUGAAAAUAAAUUAAAUAAUGAACAUACUUGUACACAUGAAUCUAUUCAUUUAAAAUCUAAAGAAUCUGAAGAUAAUCAUUCAAUUAUAUCAACUGAUAAUAUUGAUUCAACUUCAAAUAUGAAUCAAACAACCACAACGAAAUCUCAUUCUUCAUUAACAACAGAAGCUGCUGCUGCAUUUUCUAUAUUUGAUUCAACAUCAACUCGAUCAUUUCGUACAUUAAUAAAUAAAAAUUUGAAUUCAAUACCAACAUUAAUUCUAUCAAAUGAUCAAUUAGAUAAUAACUCAUCAUCUUAUACAGAAAAACAACUUGUAAAAAAUCUUCCAAUUCCAACAUCUUCGAAAUUGAUUAAUGCUGCUUCAUUAGCUUACAGUAAAUUAUUUGAAUUUAGAACAAAAAGAAUACCUCUUUCGUUAACAUUGGAAACAAAAAAGAAACGAUCACCAUCUGAUUUGAGUACUGAUUUUUUUAUAGUUUAUUGUAUUAAAAAUUCAAUUAUUAUUUUUGUUUUCUUAGCAGCACAUGAAAAUAUUUCAGAAGAUGAUUUGCAAGAUAUUAUAACAAAAUGUUUGUCAGAUGAUAGAAUCGAUAUGAAAAGCUUUGAAAAUUUACUUCAUGAAAAAGCUGUUGAUCAUACAGCACUUUAUGCAAAAGCUAAUGAAUUUGGAUCCGAAUUAUUUCCGGACUUAACAAUUGAAGAACGAAAGCAAAAAUUUGAGAGUGAAAUUUCUCGAUUACAACAAGAAAUUGAUUUACAAGAUCGAAUACGUGAUGAAAUGAUUAUUGAAUAUAAUAGUGAUCUAACAGAUGAAAAUGCUAAAAGAAAAAUAAAAGCAAAAAUUGCUAAUGUUGAUGAAAAAGUACAAGCACUUGGUAGGUUAUUAAUAUUAGAUAAUUAA